AUGUGGGAUCAGAGGUUGGUGCGUUUGGCGGUUGUGCAGCAGCUUCGGGCUGCCUAUGGAAUUAAGGUCAAGGGUGGCCGGGCGCAGAGCGAUCGCAGGAGACAGGAAACAGCAACCACGGAAAUAGUGGGUAAAAUAUUUGGAGUACCAUUAAAUGCAUUGCCCCAGUCCGUUGUACCAGAAUAUGGACAUAUUCCAAGUUUUCUUGUUGAUGCUUGCACGUCUUUAGAAGAGCAUGUUCAUACAGAAGGGCUUUUUAGGAAAUCGGGAUCUGUUAUUCGUCUAAAAGCACUAAAGAAUAAACUCGAUCAUGGUGAAAGAUGCCUGUCUUCUGCACCUCCUUGUGAUACCGCGGGACUUCUGAAGCAGUUUUUUAGAGAAUUACCAGAGCCCAUUCUCCCAACUGAUUUGCAUGAAGCACUUUUCAAAGCUCAACAAUUAAAAACAGAGGAGAAGAAUAAAGCUACAUUGUUGCUCUCCUGUCUUAUGGCUGACCACACAAUUGAUAUAUUAAGAUACUUCUUUAAGUUUCUCAGGAAAGUUUCUCUUAGGUCCAGUGAGAAUAAGAUGGAUAGCAGCAAUCUUGCUGUAAUAUUUGCACCAAAUCUUCUUCAGACAAGUGAAGGACAUGAAAAGAUGUCUGCUAACACAGAAAAAAAGCUACGAUUACAGGCUGCAGUAGUACAAACUUUUAUUGAUUAUGCAUCAGAUAUCGGGCAUGUUCCAGAUUUUAUCCUAGAAAAGAUACCAGCGAUGUUAGGUAUUGAUGGUCUCUGUGCUACUCCAUCGCUAGAAGGCUUUGAAGAAGGUGAUUACGAAACUCCUGGUGACUAUAAGAGAAAACGAAGACAAAGUGUAGGAGAUUUUGUUAGUGGAGCAUUAAAUAAAUUUAAAUCUAACAGGACACCUUCUAUUACACCUCAACAGGAAAGAAUUGCCCAGCUAUCCAUUUCACCAACAGUUCUUACACCAAAUGCUAAGCGUAAACUGCCGGUAGAUUCUCAUGGUUUCUCAAGUAAGAAGAGGAAGUCCAUCAAGCACAAUUUUAACUUUGAGUUGUUGCCAAGUAAUCUCUUCAAUAGCAGUUCUACACCAGUAUCAGUUCACUGUGAUACAAGCCCGGAAGGGUCAUCUCAGAGUUCAUUCUCUCCUGUCGCCAUCAGUGGAAACCACUUGAUCAAUACAAAUGUGCUAAGGCGAAGUAAAAGGCUUGCAAGCAAAAAAGUUUGCAGGGUGGAAUCAGGAAAAGCAGGCUGCUUCUCUCCUAAAAUCAGCCGUAAAGAAAAGGUUCGAAGAUCUCUUCGUUUGAAAUUUAAUCUAGGGAAAAAUAGCAAAGAUGGAAAUGAGUGUUCUGGUGUCAAAAGAUCUGAAAAUGUUGGUCGACGACUUGCAAAUCAACAAAGUUUAAAAACUAGGAUUGAAUCUGUAAAAACAGGUCUGCUUUUUAGCCCAGAUACUGAUGAAAGAUUAACAAAGAAAGGUUCGAAAAAGAUCAGUAAGUCAGAGGAAAACUUACUAACUCCAGAGCGACUAAGUGGAACAGAUUACCGGAUGUCUUGGAUAGGACCUAGUAAUUCAGAUUUUCAAGAAGUAGAUGGAAAUGAAGCUUCUCCAAUAGAUGGAACUCUUGAGGUGGAGAACUCUUCUUUGGAGCCUGAUAUGAUGGUUGAAAAGUCCCCUGUUAGCUCAUACGAGCUUACCCCUCCUAAUGCACACAGUACGCACAAUAACAACAUAACUGGCGGCUCUCUUAGUGGUGAUGAAAAUAACCUGACCACAGAGACUGUGGUGAGAAUUCAGAAAGCAUUUUCUGAAUCUGGAAGUAAUCUUCAUGCAUUAAUAAAUCACAAGCAGUCACCAUUAACUAAUGUGGAGAAAGUAAAAUUCAAUGAAACAUCUUCUACCAAAGGUAACCCAGAGAAAAAUCUCUUGAAAACUAAUUUGACUGUGAUAGAAUCAAAUGGACACCGUACCAGUAAUGAUGAAAAUCGCUUUUCAGAAAGUGACUUCUCACUACAUCAGCCUCAAAAAUUGGAUAGAGAAGGCACUAUAAAAUGUUACUCAACUCAGAUGAAGAUACAACUGGAAAACAACAUUCAUUUGAAUAUACCAAAAGAUUAUUUAAGCAAGCAGGAGUUGCCCAGUGAUGAACAUGUAAGGAAAAAAGAGUCCCCAGGGGAUACCCUCAAUACUAAAUUAAAGGAUAAUGAAAAUUUGAUUGAAGAGAACUUACUGAAACACACAGCUUCUAGGGAGGUUGUGGCUUGCACCUCUUCCUCGGAACAGAGCACGUGCAGUAGCACAAACCUGCCAAAACCUAGUCCUGUGGGAAUCAUUAAACAGCAGUCACUGGUGGAAACACGUGAUGAAACGGUUUCUGAAUGUUUACAAAUGACAGAGCAUGGAAGGGUUUCAGACCACAUACAGUGGUUUAACAAACUUUCUUUAAAUGAACCAAAUAGGACAAAAGUUAAGUCACCUCUUAAGUUUCAGCGUACGCCUGUCCGUCAGUCAGUGAGAAGAAUCAAUUCUUUGUUGGAGUAUGGUGGACCUCCUCCAAGGCAUAAAUUAGCAAGUCUUGGUGAUACUGCUUCUCCUCUGGUUAAAUCAGUGAGCUGUGAGAGUGCUCUUCCCUCUUGUAUAGAAAGUAUGACUAUGACAAAAGAUUCCUCCCUUCCAUGUACCAGAUCAGGUCCUAGAGAACAGAAGUCUACAUCUUGCAAGCAGUCAAAUAUUGAUAUGAUUUCAAAAUCAAGCAUGGAGGUAACGUCUACAUCUUUCUUACAAAUGAAGAGGCAUCCAAACUCUGUGAAUGCGUCUCUUGGGUCCACCAGAGUUUGUAAACAAGAAGUGAUAUCUAAUAAUCAAAUUAAGGUUCCCUUGGAUGAUCUAACAAACCAUGAUAUAGUAAAAUCUAUUGUAAGUAAUGAUAAGGUCAUUCCCCCUAGCGUAAGCAGCAGGGUCCUUAGAAAACCAUCAGAAAAAGAGAGGAUCUGGUAUAAAGGUUCUCCAAAAAAUCCUAUUGGAAAAGUUCAACUACUACCAACAAGUAAACCUGUAGACUUGUAA